UUUUCAUUCUGUAAAGUCAGUCGAGUCAAAAUAAUCUUUUUCUAUCAAAUGAGCAGUAAGCUUUAAAAAAUAGUGAACCAAAACUGUGUUGACAUUCAGCAUCUAUCUUGAAAACUUUAUGUGAGUGCAAUAAUGACGACAAAUGAGAUUGAACAGCUUAAUGUCAAUACAGAGAGUGAUGAUCUAAAACCAAGAGCAAGUGAUGGCGAUGAAAGACUUAAAUUUAGAGACACCAUUCCACAAAUUGUGGCAAGUUGUGCCAUUAACCUACCAGUCAUUCAUGCUGGCAUCAAUUUGACAUUCUCAUCGAUUCUCAUACCACAAUUAACAAAACCUGAGAGUGACAUUCAAAUCGAUCUCGAUUCAUCUUCAACUGUUGCGUCAAUCGUCACUGUGUCAACUGCACUCGGGGCUCUUGUUUGUGGUCCACUGAUGGAUAGAUAUGGUAGAAGGCGCCUAUCGACAAUAAUUUGCAUACCAUUUAUAUUCGCCUGGCUGCUAAUUGCCCUCUCGAGAAAUCUUUAUAUGAUUUAUGUGGCUCGAGUCUUAUCGGGCAUUGCUGGUGGCUUAGUAACUGUUGCGCUGGUUUAUGUUAGCGAGAUUUCAAAUCCUCAGUACCGAGGCAUGUUAUUGUGUUUAAACAGUAUAGCUGUAUCGUUUGGCAUCAUACUCACAUAUUUUCUAAAUAUCUUCUUCUCAUGGCGUACAAUGAGCUUUAUAUUUGCUUUUAUCGCGCUUAUAACAAUUGUUAUUGUUAUGCAAAUUCCUGAGAGUCCAUGUUGGUUUGUUUCAUUAAGUCGUGAGAGGAGCAAUUCUAAGGCAUUGGCAUCAAUUGAGUGGAUCUAUCGGAGACGUCAUCUAUCUACAUUCUACUAUCACCAAUUAAUUAAUAGUGAAAAAUUAAGGGAGGCUAAUUUUCAAGUGGCUACAGCAGCAGAUGUAGGAAAAAGGAAAAGUUUGGUGGCAAAAUUGGUAAAAGUUUUAAAGCAGCCACAAGUCUACAAACCGCUGAUAAUUUUACUCUUUAUAUUCCUAUUCCAACAAGCUUCAGGCAGCUAUAUUCUUAUUUUUUACACUAUAAAUAUAUUUCGAAAUUUGAGCUCUAACUUUACUGAAAGAAUAAAUGAAAAUAUGGCACUCAUGUUGCUCGGAGGACUACGUCUGGUCGUGUCUGUAAUUGCUUCUGGGUUAUCAAGAAAAUGCCAUAGAAAAACUCUGCUUUACAUUUCAAGCUUAGGGAUGAUGAUAUUCAUUUUUAUAGCAGGCACAUUGGUGCGAAAUAUGGACGAGUUUUCAAAUGGACGAGACUUUCUAAAUUUCCAAAUACCAUCAAAUGACAGUUUGAAGGUAAACGAGAUCGAUAUGGCAUAUCAGCUUUCCGGACAACAGCAACAACAACAAGAAUAUAAAGAAGUUUAUUUACUUAUCUCAAUAUUAUGUUACAUAUCCUUUUCAAGCUUAGGUGUAAUGAUUUUACCUUGGACAUUAAUCAGUGAAUUAUUUCCUAUUGAGGUAAAGGGAAAAAUGUCGGGGAUUUUAGUGCUCAUCGCAUACUUUUUCAUGUUUUUUGCUGUAAAAUUUUUUCCUUAUUCACUCAACAUGUACGAUAUGGAGGUCAUGUUCUAUUUAUUCGCCAUAAGCAGCUUCGCCUUUUGCAUUUUUGUACAUUAUUUUCUACCUGAGACUUAUGGUAAAAGUUUAAAUGAUAUUCAGGAAUAUUUUACAACAAAAGCAACACAGCAACGGCAUUAAAAUGGGAAGGAAGUGAAUGGAAAGUUGUGAAAAUUAUAUGCACAAUAAAACACCUGAAAUGGGACAAGCGAUGAGAAUGAGAAUCAAAUGGAUGAAAAAAAUUCAAUUAAAAACUUUCAAAUUGAAAAAAUAAAAUAAAAGUUUUCAUCGUACAUAAGAGCACAAUAAUUACUUUUUUUUGUUUUUUAAACAAUUAGUAAUUUUAAAUUAAUUAAAACUAAUUGAAAAUUUUUAAUUCGAGACAUUUUUUGUAGAUUUUACAUGUGUGUAAAAUAAAUGGUAGGCAUGUGUUCUUAAUUACAUGUCGAAUGUGUCAAACGUGAUCAAACUUAUUUUGUGCAUGUUGAAAUUUUGUAAUCUAAAAUGUGCUU